AUGGUGAAAAAGUUGAUGACCAUUGAGGCCAUUGAGACCAUUCAGACCAUUGAGACCAUUGAGACCAUUGAAACCAUUGAGACCAUUGCGACCAUUGAGACCAUUAAUACUAUUGGGAAUAUUGGGACAAUUAAGACUGCUGAGACUAUUGGGAAUAUGGAGACUGUUAAGACUAUUGAGAUUAUUGAGACGAUUGAGACUGUUGAGACUGUUGAAACUGUUGAGACUGUUGAAACUGUUGAGACUGCUGAGACUGUUGAGACUGUUGAGACUGUUGAGACUAUCGAGACUGUCGAGACUGUUGAGAAUGUUUAG